UCAAUUUUGCAUUUGCAAGAACACUGCCUAAGGAAAACAGAUGAAAAAAUCAACACCAAGCUACGGCUAGUCAAAACACAGAACGAAAUAAACAAAAAGCCUCUUCUCUCCGGAGAAAACGACCGAAUCCUGCGUGCUCGUGUCGAUUCAAGCUAUAUUCUUUGAAAGAUGGCACAGGGCAGUCGAAAUGAGGAGCAAACGUUCAACGAAUUUUACACCGAGGUGAAAGAAAUAGAAAAGCGCGAUUCAGUCCUUACAUCCAAACAGCAAAUCGAUCGGUUACUGCGCCCGGGUGCAACCUAUUUCAACCUGAACCCGUUCGAGGUGCUACAGCUCGACUGUGACACACCGCUGGAGCAGAUAAAGAAAAAAUAUCGCAGCCUAUCGAUACUGGUACAUCCGGACAAGAACCCGGACAACCUAGAUCGCGCACAACAAGCUUUCGAAAUCAUCAGCAAAGCGUACAAGACGCUCGAGAACGAAGCAACGCGCAAAAAAUGUCUCGAAGUCUAUGAAGAGGCGAAGGACCGCACCGAUAUGAUGAUUGCAGAAAAGAAGAAAAAGCUGAAGAAGGAAGGCAAGUACGACGGUGUGCCGGAAGAUGAUCCAGCCAAGUACAAACACGCCAUCUACGUAAUGGUGAUGAAGCUGUUCGCCGAUAUCGAAAGACGCCGGCAACAACUAGAGGUGCGCGAUAUGGAAGAACGUAAGCGCAAAAGGGAGGCAGAGAUCGAGGAAGAGGAACAGCGCGAUUUGCAGAAGGAAUGGCAGAAGAAUUUUGAAGAAUCCCGCCAGAGUCGUGUCAACAGUUGGCACACGUUCCAGGCCGGUUCAUCCACCUCGUCCUCGUCGUCGUCCUCCACCGCAGCGACGGCUACGACGGUCAAGAGCAAAAAAUCGAAAAAAGCCAAGUACACCUCGUUCAACCCACCGAAAAUCAAACCAGAAACCCGAUAGACUUAGGAGCGGAGUUAUCAAAGCCGCAGCUAAUCGUCCGCGGCGUGCAUAGCUGAUGCAGAAAUAUGGAAUUUAAUUUUAAUACUGCCUUCUUCGCAGAAUCACCUCUGCCACAUUCACUGCAUGUCUAUUUGUCGCGGUGGAAGAUGGUUCCUGAACAACAAUUCCUUCAAACGUUCUUCUGGGUGGUAGUGUACAUCUUUCUACAGAAUAGUGAGCAACGGUUGUUUUAUGUUUCAUUUUGAAGAUAGAUAAAAAGGAUUUGUAAGGACGUUUUGUAACCCCAUCCCACUAAAUAGGUUAUGCAAACUUUGUGAACCGAAUGAGAAGCGAACAAGAGUUUGUUUGCAAAAAAAAAACAAUUAAGCUUUUGUGACAGAAUAAAACGUAAAUGUAUCUUGACCAUCAA